AUGAGUUCCGAUUCAUUUGAAAAACUAAUGUAAUUAAUUCAUGAAUAAAAUACUGCAUGUGAAUAACAUUACGAUCAAAAUAAUAGAUAGAUAAUGGAUUUAUUAGGCAAUUUGGAUAAUAAUAUGAAGAAUUUACAGAAGUAAAUGGAAUAGCCAAAAGUUGAGCAUCAUCACAAUUUAUCGAAGGUGGAGGAAGUGGAGAAUGAGGAUCAAGAAUAAUCGCAGUUUUAGGUUUAACAAGAGGACAAGGAGGAGUUGGAGUAACAGAUGAAUCAGCAACAGGAAUAGGAGUAAAUCAUAAUAUAAGAUCAGAUAAAUGAAGAAUGA